ACUACGCAAUAUUACAAGGUCCCAUACUUCUACCUAACCUCCCUACGCCUUAGGGACCUCCCUGGACCUCCUAGGAACCCCCUCAAGGGUCACCACCUCUUUGCCCCAGCCACUACUAGGUCAUUCCUGUCCUCGGUCGCAGUUCCUGUAGCUCCCUUCGAGCUCCAGCCUGCUCCUAGCAUGCUACAACAUGAACCUUCGUAUACCAAACCCUACCUUAAGACCUAUUCUGACCCAGGUCUUACAGU